AUGGCUUCUUCUAAGCUCGGGAUUCUACAGGGGAAAGUGGCUGCACUGGCAGCUACAGCUACUGCGCUGCAACUUCGAAUAUUUAAAGAAGAACCAGCAACCAGCCUCAUUGAUGGUAUCCUCGCGACCCUCAAGGAGCAGGUUGAAGACUUUCCUUCAAAGGCAGAACUUCCUGUUUCAGCUCGCAGAGAGCUGGAUACAGUUGCAACAGAGCUGUGGAAUGCCUGUGCACAUACUGGGGAUGCAUGUCUUCUGAACGUCGACGAGAUGAAUGCAUACUCCAUGGUGCGAGCUGUGGCAUGUUCUUUGAUCAGUAUCGCCGCUUCGAACACCGCUUCAGGCCAUAUCAGGGCGCUGAAGGUGGCAUUCACAGCAUGCCGUUUCUGCUUUGAAAGCGAGCAGCAAGAUCUGGCCCUCACGAUGCUGAAGGUAGGUGCUCGAAGGUUGAAUUUAUUGCAAUCACUUGCUCAUUCUAUCGAUCCGGUCAAAUUGGACACCACUGCCGCCGAAUACUACAUACUUCGGGCUCAUUUGGCUCGGAUUCAAGGCCGAUUCGACAUUGCCGAACAUCUUUACUCCAAAAUUCCGCCCACCGGUACAUUGGACAAGCAAUACGCUGCCAUCGAGCUUUGCUAUGCUAUUGGGAAUGAUGCCUUCGUGGCAAGCCAAUAUGAUAUUGCUAUCGAAUGGCUUGAAAAAGCCGUUGAGCAGCUGGAUGCUCUUACCGAUCAUCAGAGCCAGGAAAAAUGCUUCAAGGACUUGAAUCUGCAGGUUCGUCAUACUCUCGUGAGAGUUUACCAGAACACAAUGGCGCCAGCGAAGGCAGACAAGCUCAAGGAGCAGCUCAAUAUUCUUAAAAGGGAACAUGGAAACACCGAAGCUGUUCUCCUUCUAGAGAUGUCACAUAUUCGCCGUAAAAAAAGUCCCGAUGCCGACGCAUUUUUCAGAGCUCUGAAUCGAAUCAUCGGCUGCAUGAGUUUUACGGAGAUCAAGUUCGAUGUGGUCCUUGAGCAUAUCAAAUGGUCAAAGUGCUUGAGCAUUGGCCUCAGCAUGGAAGCUCUUUUGUCAUUUCUUCUGCGUGUGCCUGUUGAUAUGAGAGAUUGGAUUGAGAAGUGCUUCGUUCUGGCCGUAGCGAUGGCCUUCGCUUCCAGGCUCCGAGAUCAAGCACGCAUCGACUUCAUCAAGCGGACAACUCAGUCAAUGGCUCACAAAUUCAACAGUCUGAGUCGCCAGGCAUCUCAUGCAGCAUUGAUUCUUAUCUGGGCACAGGUCGACAUUGCUUGCUGCCAGAAUCGGUUUUACAUUGCAGAGAAAUGGUGCCAGCUUGUGCUAGAUGCCGAGGCUUUUGAGAAAGUUUCGAGGGCAAACAGAUCCACGAUCAAAAUGAAGCUCUUCGCGAUCGCUAUGAAAGACUCCAACAUUCCGCGGGCUUGCCAGAUACUGAAUCAGAUGAUUUCUGAAUGCAGCACCCAUGCCGAUGCAUUUUCACCUCUUGAGUUCGAGUGGCUCUGCAGCAAGAGCUUUAGUCUUGCACGUCAAUUGGUGUCAAGAGGCGAUGCAGAAACUUCAAUGGGGAUUCUUUCGUCCAUGCGCGAGCUUCUUCAGGUCUACAAAAAGACUCCACAGACUAGCCUGGACAAAUACAAUGGCUUUUUCUUCCUUGAUGUAUUUCUUGGAAUGAUUACGCACGCCAUCAAUGGUCGUUCCAGUACAGAUCGAGUGGUCAAGAGCGCUGCAUAUGCCUCUGUGCUCGAUUGUUCCAAUGCCGUCAAGGGCUACCUCAUGGGAGAUUCACCUCUUCUAUUACAGCUGGACAGGGUCCUGGAAGCUGCAUUGGGAAUGAACCAUGAGGAGUCUAUGGUAAUCACACUGACAAUGCAAUUCGAGGCGGGUCUCUUCUUGAGUGACUGGCGAGCCUUAUCUGACUGGUUUGUUGAAAUCCCGGACGGUAUGCCCGAAAUUUUGGGUACAAAACUCAUGCAUCUCUUUCUUUCUUGCGACGCCCUCCCACGCGAUCUAAAGGUGUAUUACGUCGCAUACAUCAUAUGCAAUCUGUAUCGACGAACAGAACUGACUACUUCACUCCGAGUUGCCUGCCCUCACUACCUCCAUGAGUUAUUCGAACUCUGUAUUACCGACACAGUUCUCUCGGAGCCGCUACCCAGGAACAGCCUUCUGGUUAGAUUUUGCGAAUGUCGUGGGAAAUUCGAGCGUGGUCAGGUAUACCUCAUCCUUGCCGAAAGGGUGUUAGACCAGGCGAUCAGAACCGCGGAAGACGAAGCUUAUAUGAACAGCGAAGUGCAUCGUGAGCAGCAUCAGCUCUGGAACGAGGCGCAUGAAGAUGAUUCUCGGUAUUUUUGCAACAGUGUCCUGUAUCCAACUGAAGAGCUUGAGUAUCUUGCUAUUCGUUCAUUCAAUCAGGCAGCAGAGCUCUACGCGGAUGGACGGGACGAAGAUUGUCGCCGGUGGGCGAAGAAGGCCAUUCAUGUGGCAGAACUGAUGGGCAAUGAUGAGGGCAAGACGCUUGCAGAGACCUUGCGGGCUCGGUUGGCCAUGUUGCUCUAG